ACGACGCCAUCUUUACACCAGUGCUGCUGCCACCGGUAGCUAGAGAGUGGGAACGCUGCCGUUGCUCCUCUAGGAACCGCCGACUAAGACAGACACCCACGUUCGAGCCUCUCUCCCUCGGCACAUCAUCGACAGCCCGACCCCGAACACCAUGGCAGAUCGAGAGCAUUUAGUAUACCAGGCCAAACUCGCCGAACAAGCCGAGAGAUAUGAUGAAAUGGUGGAGUCCAUGAAGAACGUGGCGGGCAUGGACGUGGAGCUGACGGUGGAGGAGCGGAACCUGCUGUCGGUGGCUUACAAGAACGUGAUCGGAGCCAGAAGAGCGUCCUGGAGGAUAAUCAGCAGCCUUGAACAGAAGGAGGAGAACAAAGGAGGCGAAGACAAACUAAAGAUGAUCCGGGAAUACAGGCAAAUGGUGGAGACUGAGCUGAAAUCAAUCUGUAACGACAUUCUGGAUGUACUGGACAAGCACCUCAUUCCAGCUGCAAACACUGGAGAAUCAAAGGUUUUCUACUACAAAAUGAAGGGAGACUACCACAGGUACCUGGCAGAGUUUGCCACGGGCAACGACAGAAAGGAGGCGGCAGAGAACAGCUUGGUAGCCUACAAAGCUGCAAGCGACAUAGCCAUGAUCGAACUCCCCCCGACACACCCCAUCCGCCUGGGACUGGCGCUCAACUUCUCCGUAUUUUAUUAUGAAAUCCUCAAUUCCCCCGACCGCGCAUGCAGGUUGGCGAAGGCGGCGUUCGACGAUGCCAUUGCAGAACUGGACACGCUGAGUGAGGAGAGCUACAAGGACUCCACGCUCAUCAUGCAGUUGCUACGCGACAACCUGACACUAUGGACUUCAGAUAUGCAGGGAGAUGGUGAAGAACAGAAUAAAGAAGCACUGCAAGAUGUGGAGGAUGAGACUCAGUGAAACUUCACGGCCAAUACGACACCUCUCUCUCCCUACCUACCCCUCUCCGCCUGCUAGCCCCAGGUCCUACUAAGGUGUCAGUGAGAGCUCCCAAACUCGGCUUUUACGCCGACGCCAACUCGCUCUUUUACCCCCCCCUUCUUGUUUACUAUCACUCUCUCUAUCCGUCUGUCAGCUCAAAGCCCUUCGGGUUAUCUCUUCUGGUUUUUCUUUUCUAAACAAAUAAGAGAAAAAAUCGCCCAUUUCAUUGGAAAUAAUACACUUCCGCAUUGAAACACAAGAGAAAAUGUAAAAGCUAAAGCUUCGAGCUGUUCCUGGGUGUUACAAUUUUUUUGUUUUUGUAACUCAUUUUGCAAGCCUGUGCCUGUAAGGUUCACAUCGUUUAUCAUCUUUUUUCGUUUUCAUUUUUGAAGUGUCAUCAGUUGCCAAGUGUGCUUGCCUGCGGUCGUCAACGUUCACGCGCUCGCCAAGUUGAGUUUUAAAACACAAACGUUUGCUGUAACUCUUUUUCUAGAACUGUGAUGUCUUCGUGCUACUUUACGAUAGUCGUCUAAGCUUUUGUUCGCAAAUUAGGGAUGAUGGUGGAUUUUGACUGUUUAAAAAAAAAAGGGGACAUAAAGCUUUUUAGAAGGAACAAAGUGCCCUUUGUGUUUCUCCCCUCUCUCUCCCGUUGCAAUACUUUUUUUUAUCAAUGACGAUGGCAGAACUUCCCCCGAGCAUCUCUUUCUUUGCGAUCACCACUCAGGUCCGGGGCAUGGACCACGCAUUGUUGUGCACGGAGGCUGUAGCGCUGCUUUUUUACUCUUUGCUGACGUAUAGAGACGAUGGGUUGUAGCAGAAAAAAAGAAACAAGGAGCGCGAAACAGUUUCUCCAUCUCUCUUAUGUAAGGUAAAGCAGGUUUGCAUUGGCACCGUAAAAAUACUAAAAACUUGGUUUAAAAAAAGGAACCUGCUUAUGUUGUCUUGUAUCGCCCCACUGUUCCAUAAUAUUCUCUUUCUCUCUGUCCUGUCCCCUUAUUUUCUCUCUUCUGUUCAGUAUGUGUAGCUUGAAUCUGAUUUGUACUACUGGAUAUUCUGACUGGAGCCACACGCACCGUCUGUAUUCUUACUGAAACACAGCAUGGAAAUGAACAUUUAACUUCAAAUAAAAAAAGAAACGUACAUUAAAA